AUGGCUGGGCUGUUGGCGCGUGCGCGGACGGCGGCGGAUGCGGACGAGGGUACGAGUGCGGGGUGGCCGACCAUGGCACACACGCAUGUUGUCAACAACGGCGCCAUCUAUCCUGCCGUCGAUGUGGCGCGGCGGGUCCGCGUCGGCCUCACCUACCGUGCCGAGGCCCUCAAUCGCGAGCUGUGGAGGAGAGCAGUGCUGAAGAAGAUGCUGCAGGAGACGAGCGUGGCCGGUCGAGCCUUGCUGCGGAGGCUGCCUGUCGGCCAGGCCAUCAAGUAG